UAACAUUGAGUAAAGGCACAAGACAGCAAGAAGACAAAGAACAAGCAAAUAAAGGUGACAAAAGGACAAUACAAGCAAAGGACUUUGACAGGGUUUUCCUUUUGUUCUGUUUUAAUCUUGCGUUACGGAGCAAAAUGGGACAGCAGUUCACCAAUGCUGAAGGGGAGCAAACAGAGAUUGAUGUUGCAGAACUGCAGGAAUGGUAUAAGAAAUUUGUGGUCGAAUGUCCCAGUGGGACCCUCUUCAUGCACGAAUUCAAGCGGUUCUUUGGGGUCCAGGAUAACCGUGAAGCAGCGGAGUACAUUGAAAACAUGUUCAGAGCUUUUGAUAAGAAUGGGGAUAAUACCAUUGAUUUCCUGGAAUAUGUAGCUGCCUUGAAUCUUGUUUUACGAGGAAAACUGGAACACAAGCUGAGGUGGACAUUCAAAGUAUACGACAAGGAUGGGAAUGGCUGCAUAGAUAAACCUGAGCUGUUGGAAAUUGUUGAGUCCAUCUACAAGCUGAAGAAAGUGUGUCGGUCAGAGGUGGAGGAGAGGACCCCAUUGCUCACACCGGAGGAGGUUGUGGAAAGGAUAUUUCAGUUAGUGGAUGAGAAUGGGGAUGGGCAGUUGUCUCUUGAUGAGUUCAUUGAUGGGGCCAGGAAAGACAAGUGGGUGAUGAAGAUGUUGCAAAUGGAUGUAAACCCUGGGGGAUGGAUCUCUGAGCAGAGGAGAAAGAGUGCUUUGUUUUGAGGAAAUUCAGGUUUGAUACAGCUGAAAACGUGAUGCUGACUACAACUGUGACUCUCUUGCUCUAGGGUGGUAGUGGCUUUCCUUUUUAAUACAAUCUCAACAUUCAGAUGAAAACUUCAGUGGUUUAAGAAGCC